AUGUCGUUCAGCCCUCUUUUCAACAGGAACAAAUCGCCGUUCGACGCGGAUCAGGCGACGUUCUCCAACUAUCUCGCGAUUAAGACCACCCAUAUCGACCUGGACUGGCAGAUCGACUGGAAGAAAGAGCUCAUCCAUGGGAGUGCUACCCUGUACAUGGAGGCUAUCGAGGAGGUGAAGGAGAUUGUACUGGAUGUCAGCUACUUGGACAUCGAGACUGUCGAGGUGGAUGGGAAGAAGGCGGACUGGUCCGUCGGCGACAGGAAGGGCUCGGUCGGCCAGGGUCUCUACAUCGAGCUCGAAAAGUCGCUCGCGGCUGGAAAGUCUACCAAGAUCUUCGUCCGCUACAGCACAACUAAGGAAUGUACCGCAGUCGGCUGGCUCGAGCCCGGACAGACCAAGUCUGGAAACUACCCAUACCUCUACUCGCAAUGCCAGGCUAUCCACGCCCGGUCCCUCCUUCCUUGCCAGGACACGCCGGCCAUCAAGGCGACCUACUCGAGCAAGACCAAGAGCGAGAUGCCGGUGUUGAUGAGCGCUCGGAGACAGAGCCCGGCUGAGGAGGAGAAGUGGGUACCAGGGAAGGUGGUCGAGUAUGUGUAUGACCAGCCCGUCGCUAUCCCCAGCUACCUCAUUGCGAUCGCUUCCGGAGAACUCGUAUAUCGGCCAUUCAAGCAGCUUGAGGGCAAAAACUGGCGGACGGGUGUAUGGACCGAGCCGGAGCUCAUGGAUGCUGCUUUCUGGGAGUUCAGCGAGGAUACGCCAAAGUUUGUCUCAGUCGCGGAGGAGCUUACGGCCAACUACCGAUGGGGCGUGUACGAUGUGCUCUUCCUGCCUGAAUCGUUCCCUUUCGGCGGGAUGGAGAAUGCCUGCUUGACCUUUGCGACUCCUACUUUGAUCGCCGGGGACAAGAGCUCGGUGGAUGUGGUAGCGCAUGAGAUCAGCCACUCCUGGUUCGGGAACGGUAUCGGCUGUGCUUCUUGGUGCCACUUCUGGCUCAAUGAGGGAUGGACAACGUACCUUGAAAGGCUGUGCAUGCGGUCUACGAGGGGCGAGGGUGCCAGGCAACUGUCAUACAUCGUCGGUCGCAAGGGGCUCAAGGAAGAUCUCAAGCUAUUCGCUAAGACUCCCAAGUUGCAGCGGAUGGUGUGUGAGCUCGGCGAGUUUGAGGUAUCCGACGAUGCCUUCUCUCGAGUCCCGUACGAGAAGGGCUCCAACUUCCUGCUCCACCUCGAGCGAACCGUUGGCGGUCUUGACGUCUUCAUGCCAUACAUCAAGGAAUACGUCAAGACAUACAACGGGUACUCUAUUACUACGGACCAGUGGCGCUCGCAUCUUUUCGACUACUUCGGAAAGGUGGAGAACUCGCAGGAGAUCCUGAAGAACCUGGGCAAGCUGGACUGGGAUGCUUGGCUCCAUGGGGACGGACCGGACCUGGCUGUCGAUGUCAAGUACGAUGACACUCUGAGCAAGCCUUGCGCCGAGCUUGCCGAACGCUGGGCGGCGGUGAAAUCGGACGAAUCGAAACUGUCCAGCUUCUCCUCCGACGAUAUCAAAGACUUCAACACUGCUCAGCGCACCGUCCUCCUCGACCUUAUUGGCGAGUCGGCACCAUACCCUUCCGUUGUCGUGAAAAGGCUGGACGAGGUGUAUGGAAUUCACGGGACGGAGAAUGCCGAGAUUAGAUUGAGGUUCUACGUGAUUGCGUUGAGGUCGGGCAAGGAUUACGCCGAGAAGGCUGCGAAAUGGGUCAUCAACAAGGGCCGGAUGAAGUUCUGCAGGCCCAUCUUCAGGCUUCUGCUCGAUGUCGACCCUGAGCUCGCGAGGAGGACAUUCAAAGAGCAUGCUUCGUUCUACCACCCUAUCGCUAGGAAGCAGAUCGCCAAGGAUCUCGGGGUGGAGGUCGACCUCAAGUAG